AUGUGCGACUAUACACAAGUGCAGUACAAGUGUACGCACGUCCGAUAUGUUGUCAAGGCAUGGUGUACCAAAUAUCAACAAACUCAUGUACGGUGCCCGGCAAAUGUCACUGCAGUAGAAUAUAGAUUGAACGAUAAUUGCGGUUCGUAA